AUAGCCCAAACCACAUAUGUACGUGGUUCCACGCCGCCGAGGGUUUUGUACUUUAGUGCUUUUCAUUAUUAUUGCUUUUGUGUGCACUUAACAGAGGGAAUAUUGUACUGUUGGACCCAGGGAAAACAACACUGCACAAACAGCUGGAAGAUACUUUGUUGGAAUAUCAUUCCUUCUAUUCCCGGUUAAUGAUGCCUACCAUUCACUCUUAUUGUCUGUUUUGAGUAAACUUCUUCUUGAUGGCCCUUCAUCUCCUUUAUACCAGACGCUUAUAGAGAGCAACAUUGGGUCUGAGUAUACACCAAACACUGGGUAUGAUGCUUCUACCAAUGAAUCAUCCUUUUCGGUAGGCCUACAAGGUGUUAAAAGAGAGGGUAUUGAACUUGUGAAGGAUGCUGUGUGGGACGCACUCAGUAACGUUUCAAGGAAAGGCUUUGAAGAAGAACGAGUUGAGUCUGUUUUGCAUCAGAUUGAGUUACAACUGAAACACCAAACAUCACACUAUGGGCGAUCUCUAAUGAUGGCUCUCAUAUCACCAUGGAUCCAUAAUGGUAAUCCUACGGAUUUUCUUCUAGUGAAAAGGAACAUCAAAAAUAUCAAGGGAGAAUGCAAAGGUUUCUGGGCAGAAUGUGUCAAAAAUCAUUUAAUGAACAACAGCCACCAUCUCACCCUUGUAAUGCAAAUGAAUGAGCUAUACCGGGAAAAUAUGAUGAUAAAAGAGAAAGCUAAGAAUAAGGAAGCCCUUUCAUCUGUCCUUGAUUGUGAACAGCUUUAUAGAAAUGGUAUUAAGCUCAAUCAAGAUCAAGAUCAGUCUCACAGAAAUGUUCACUGUUUACCCUCAUUGCAAGUAUCAGAUGUCAGCCGGUGUUCUCACCCAGUGUGUGUUCAUCAUGAAUUUGCAGGUUCUGUUUGUGUCCAGUAUUCAGAGCAGCCAACAAACAAUAUCACUUACUUUCAAGCUUUGAGUGGGAUCAAUCAUCUUCCAGAAGAGCUAAAAAUUUAUAUUCCACUUUUUGGGGCAGCAAUAACUCAGUUUCGAACGGAAAUGUUUGAUCACCGUCAAUUUUCUGAACUGUGGGAACUACACACCAGUGGAAUCACUGCUGAAGCUUUUACUUCAGCUCAUUACAAAAGUUUGCUCACAUAUGAACAAGGUGUUCUAUUUUCAUCAUACUGUCUAAAUGACAAUGUUUCCUCAAUGUUCAACUUGUGGGAAGAGCUGUUUUGCAGAUAUUUACCGAUCGAUGAGCAAAAGUUGAGGACAAUAAUUAAUAUGGCUGCAAACAAAGCAACUAUGAGUGUGACUGAUGCUGGACACAUGUAUGCCAUGCGAUCUGCUUCUAAUGGUUUGACCCCCGCUGCAAAUUUAUCAGAGAUGUUUUUCGGGUUAACACAGGUUCGGUUUUUGAACGAUGUAAGAGAAAAGAGUGAUCUGUCCGAUGCUGUAAUGAAAUUGAACAAAAUUGCUAAGUUGUUACUGAGUUCCCAAUCGCUCAGAAGAUGUGCAGUCAAUACUACCAGCAACGCAUUACCUAUGGUUUCAGACGAUGUGAAGAGGUUUCUUCUAUCUUUACCUGGAAUUCCUUCAGACGUGUCAACACUAUCUGAGGGCACAGUUUGUGUAAAGACGGAGUACCGGAAGGAUUUUAAAAAUGACUCUCCUGUUAAUUAUGCUGCUAAAUGUUUUAAAACUGCACCUUACAGCCAUGAAGACUCCACAAGGCUUGAAGUACUUUCCAAGCUUCUGACUAUGAAAUACCUUCACAAAGAAAUAAGGGAAAAGGGUGGGGCAUAUGGUGCUGGUGCUAUCUUCCGUGAUGGGAUAUUUUCCUUUUUUUCAUACAGGUUUGUUAAACUUACAGUAACUGUGUCUGCACAUGUCUAUAAUAGGAUCACAAGGAGUCGUGCAUACUUUUAUUUCCCAUUUUAUAGAAUUUUCAUCAGCAUCACACACAUAUUGUAGACAAAAACUGUUCUCUAGAAUCUGUAGAGGUGAGGGAUGGCUGAGACGACCACACCCCUUCAUUCAGCUAUCCUCUUGCUCCCUGUCGGAAGUGAGACCGCGGCCAUGGCGCCACCGACCAGUCAAACGGCACAACGAGUUUCAAAGAGCCAGCCACGACCUUUUUCGAUUGCAAUAGCCGC